AUUUGGCAGACGAAAUCUGAAGCUCCGUAUGAUCAGUAUAGUCGUUGAUUAAGAAGAUCAAGGGUCAUGAUUAUCAUGAGAUCCAUCAUGGGUACAGCACAAGUUCCAGUUCCUGAAGUAGCAGUUCAAGUGUAACCAACUUCGACCAUACGUGCGUAAUAACAACCCUGCUGGGGGUGCUCACCGGGCUGAGCCAAGCUUCCACUGGUUGUGCGGAACCUUCACCGCAGCUGCCCCCGUCUGGAACUGCCGCCUUCAGCUGAACUCAGACCUCCACCUCUGCGACUCCCCCCAAGCACCAUUUACAUCGGUGUAGAAGAGGCUAUGUCCGGCUUACAAAGCUCAAUCCUGAGUACAUUGUGUCUUCCAGUCAACUCAGCGUCCGCAAAUGUCUUGAUCUACCAUCAUCAUGCCGAUUCCAACGCGCUCCCUUUCCUUACGUGAGCCCCGUACUGGUAAGCUAUUGACCCCCGGGCGCUCUACCACCACCAAAGCCAACCUUCCCACAACCUCAACGGCAGUUGGCAAAUCUUCUUAUCCUGCCACCGGAGAUGAGAAUAUCACAACACGAAACAAGAGCCUUCUGCCGGUCCGUGAUGAUGCCCGCUCUGCGAAACCCUCUCGAAUCCAACAGCCGGCAGAGACUCGCCUGUCCCAGCGGCCGAACAAGAUCGGGGGGAAGGGGUCUCAGCAGCAAGGUGAACCUUCGACACGCGAAGCGACCAGGGCAAAUCGUCGUCAUAGCCUCAGUCGACCCAGUCCGCUGAAGCCUAUUGGACCUGUGAAGCCAACCGCUGCGAUAAGCACCCCUAAACAGGCCACUUUUGCACCAAGUCCUUUGUCCCCCUCCAAACAAGAACUAGCUCCCGGGCAGGAUGAACGGCCCUUAUCUUCCAAAGAAUCCGAUAUGCCUCCCCCGUCGCUCCGACCCAGUCGAUCCGCUUCCUUGCGACAGCCAGUCAAGUCCAGCUCCAGCACACCGUCCAUCAGUCGCGGCCACGCGCGUCAUCGAAGUCAAGGGGUCACGCCCAAUGUGAGCCGAUUGAUAGGCAAAUUGGAGCCACCUUCACCGGGCACCACAACUCCGACACGCCCGAGAGCUCAGAUAUCGUUCCAACCGCAAUACCUACUAUCAAAAAAGGCGGCCAAGCCGGCUACAAAGAAUCUGAGCGUUACCACCUCCGAGGAUGCGGAUGCUUCUUCAUCACCCUCAUCAUGGCCCGAGCUUGCAGCCUUGCAGACAGAGCUGUUACAACUAAGCCUUACACACUCCGCAUCUCUUCAACAGAAGACUUCCUGGACGGCCGAUGUCGAAGCUCAACUCCGGAAGGACUACAAGACCGUGGCCAGCAAAUACCGCGCCGCGCUCGCUGCAGAGCAAGAUUAUCAGACGAAACUCAAUGGACACGCACUUCAUUGCUGGUUUCGAAACUCUUGUGAGCACAAUGGCCCACUCGGGUUUGCGGAGCAGAUUCGGGUACUUUCGCAGGUUGCAGAAGACGUGUACAUGGUGACGGAUUCUCUAGAAGGGCAGUACACGGUGGUCGUGCAGAAAUUUGAAGAGUGGUUUCAGCGGAUGGAAGAGAUUCGGCACCACCGGCUGCACCACGAGCACGAAAUGUACGACGGCGUUUUCAUUGAUUCCUUAGACCGCACUUGGCAAGAAGAAGUGGCGGCUUUAUCUACGAGAUUGGACUAUUGCUCGCGGCAGCUACAGAGCCUGGAUCUUCUGGGCUACGGAGAGUUAGAGCGAUUCGACAGCUCUGCGCUGUUUCGCAUGAUUAAGAAUCUCGAAGAGACGGUGAACCUGAUGAUCGAGGAGCUGCACACAAUCCGUAAGAUUGAAGGCGACGUUGUAAGAGCGGAACGGGCAUGGGUUGGUCAACUUGCUCGGAAGCUGGUGAGCGCCAUGCCACUCCAAGAACAGCGACAGGGACUCUGGAAGAAACAGACCUUCAUGCAAUCAUGAUGAAUUGUUUACAAUCGCUUUUCUUUCCUGGCGGCGAAUCCUCGUUUCUCACCCACCAUGGUUGAGCGGACAAAAUGUGCAGGGACCAGCCUGUUUAUCAAACAAGCAAUCCUUCUGGAAAUCAGAAAUCAGUGCACCGGAUUUGGUCGGAGAGAUCGACUGCCGUAAGCGUUGCCGGGCCAUGGAUUCGCCUGGCAGAGCAUUUGAAGGGGGGGGGGGGG